GGUACACACUGGGAAUACAGAAGUCUAUUUUAGUGUCAAGAGAAAAAAGAUUAGAAAACGACAUUCGAUUAUUCCGUUUAUGAAUUAUCUAUCUAUAAUUAUCCGUCAAUACUCAAUCGUGCUAUCGUAUAUCGACCACGAACGACGGACUAAGAUAUAAAUAUUAUAAAUCGACUAUCGACGUCUAAUGUCUAUCGGCCAUUGUAGUGUUCAGUGAAUCGUCUUAUAAUGUUCAAAAAGUAUUAAGUAUCAAAUAUUUGCAAUCAAUCUAAUCUAUCCGUCGAUCUGACAAAAACUUUUAAGAAAAAUGUCUUAUAUUCUAUAUAUUCAUAUCAUAUUUCCAUUACUUGAAGAUCAAUUAUUUAUUUAUGAUUUAUACAAAUGACGAAACAAUAUCUUGAUUGAUUUUUCAAGUGUCAACAAAAAAUAUGAAAGAGUUAAUUCUAUAAUACAGUAUUCUACACAACUUCCCUCCAACAUAUUUACCAUCUAAGAAAAUGGCUGCUGGGUUACCACAUGAUUUAGAUGGUUUUAUACCUCUAUUAUUGACUUCUGAUAUUCGAAUGAAGGUAACUGUAGGUUGUAAAUUAUUUACUUAUUUAGAAGAACCUAGUAAUUCAAUUGAAUGCUCAGAUAUUGGAAUGUUAAUUGAUGGUAUUGUUCAAUGGUUAUUAAAUAGCAAUCCUAAAGUUGCUCAGUACGGGAUUGAAAUAAUCACACAAUUGAUCAACAGAAUGAAAAUAGAUUUUAGACCUUAUAUUUCUACCAUACUACCCAUAGCUAUUGAUCGAAUUGGUGAUAGUAAGGAACCAAUUAAAGUUAAAACACUUUUUCUUAUAAUGAAAUUAAUGGAAUGUAAUACCAUAAGCCCCCAGGCAUUAUUUGACCAAAUAUCAGUAAAUGCUUUUAACCACAAAAAUAGUAGCGUUAAAGAAGGAUCUAUGAAAUUAUUAUUGUUGACUAUUGAAGAAUUUGGUGCAAAUUGUAUUGCAGUAUCAAAAAUUUUACCUAUUAUUAUAAAACUUUUAAGUGAUCCUAAUGUUCAAGUGAGACAAAAAGCAUUUGAAACACUUGUAGAUUUGUAUAAGCAUAUCGGGGAAAAGCUACGUAUUUAUAUUCAAAAACAUUAUUCAAUUCCUCAAAACAAAAUGACAGACCUGAUGAAUAAAUUUGAUGAAGUUAAAAUAACUGUAAAUUUAUUACCAACUACUUCUGAUGGGCUUAAUUUAACUAACGACGAUGAGCCAGAUCAUGCUUGCACAUUUGCACCUAAAUAUGUCAUUGGUAGUAUUAAAAGACCGACUUCAUUUUUACCUUUAAAAUCAAAUUCUACUACUCCAUUACAACAGGUUGAUUUUGUACGAAAAUCUACAUCGUCAUCAGUACUAUCUGCUUCACAUGCAUGUGGAGUUGAUGAAGACACUUUUAUUCGGUCUUUUGAAGACGUUCCUACAUUAACCAUUUUUAGUGUACGAGAUUUAGAUGAUACUAUGAAACAGAUUCAUAAGUCUAUUCAAGAUAGUAAUGAACAAUGGAAUAAACGUGUCGACUCAUUAAAGAAAAUAAGAUCACUUGUAUUAAAUGGAGCAACAAAAUAUGAUGAGUUUUUCAAUAAUUUGAGGUAUUUAGAACAUUCUUUCCAGAUAUCUAUUAAAGAUUUGCGAUCCCAAGUUAUUAGAGAAACAUGUGUCACUAUAGCAUUUUUAUCUCAACGUUUGGGUAAUAAAUUUAACCACUUUUCAGAGUCAGUUUUUAGCAAUUUAAUAGAUCUUAUACAAAAUUCAGCAAAAGUAACUGCUUCAUCUGGAUUAGUUGCUAUACGAUUUAUUCUAGAAUAUUCCCAUGCCCCUCGUAUUAUACUUAUUCUUGCAAAAAGUUUAGGAUCAAAGUCAAAAGAUAUUCGCCGUGCAUGUUGUGAAUUUUUUGAUCAAAUUCUGCGUAAAUGGCCAUCUCAAGUAGUAGAAAGACACAUAAAUAUACUACAGGAUUGCAUUAAAAAAGGUAUUGCUGAUGCUGAUUCAAGUGCUCGAAUGUUAUCUCGAAAAGCUUAUUGGGGAUUUUGUGAACAUUUUCCUGAGCAUGGGGAAAUAUUAUUUAAUAAGUUAGAGCCAGCAUAUCGUAAAAUAUUGCUGACAAAUUCUGGAUCCAACUCAUGUUUAUCAAAAUCUGUAAUAGCUGAAAGUUCAAAAUUGACUUCUCAUCGUACCUCUUCUUCACAUAGUAAUAUAUCAAUAAGAUCAAGAAGUGCCAUAGACUUGCAAGCUGCUAAGAGGUCAAAAGCUCAUACUCAGAAUGCAACACUAAUUAGACAAAAAUUCAAUCCCGUGGUGUCUAAUCAAUCUGUUUCCAAGAAGAUUAAUGAAUAUAUACACCAAAUGGACAGAAAGGAAAAAUCAAGAGUUAGAGUAUCACUAUCUCAAUCAGCUAGUUGUUCUGGAUCACCGUCCUCAAAAUUAAAUUUUGUCCAAACAAAAUCAUAUAGAGCUACUUCUGGUAUACCCAGAUCUCGAGAUACUAGUAGAGAAGUUAGUCCUAAUAGGUUUAAUAUCCAUGAAUCACACAUGAAUAGUAAAGAACCACCUAGUUCAAUUAAACCUAAAUCAAUAAUGGCACAAAAGAUAUUAAUACAGAGCCAAGAAACUGAGUCUGCUAUUACUGAUGCUUGGAGUUACAAAAAUUAUAAAUCUCCAAGAAAAGUAUUAGAGGGAUUAUUUAAUGAUUAUAGUGAUGAUAGUGAGACAUCUAGUGUUUGUUCUGAACGCAGAAUUGAUUCUCGUAAGCGAUUUUCAGAUUCAUUUUACUUAAGUGGAUCACAAUGUGGUCUACAUAAAGAAAUUUGGAAAAACUCUAGUUCGAAAUGUUUGAAUAUUGAAGAUAUAAUAUCAAGCUGCGAAAGUUCAAACUGGAAUAAUCGCAAGGAAGGCUUGUUAAGUUUACUAAAAUAUUUUCAACAAGGAAAUAUUGUGAGUAAAUUAUUACUAACAAAAAUAACGGAGUUGUUUACUAAAAUGUUCAUGGAUUCUCAAACUAAAGUCAUAAGUCUCUUUCUAGAUGUACUUAAUGAGUUAAUAAUAACCCAUAGUCGAUAUUUAGAAUAUUGGCUAUAUACACUUUUAGUCAAGUUAUUCAACAAAGGAGGUUCUGAUAUACUUAGUUCUGUACACUCAAAAAUAUUGAAAACUAUAGAAAUUAUAAGGUUAUCUUUUUCUUGUGAUUUACAGCUAACUGCUGUGUUUAAAUUUCUCACAGACCCUACGCAGACACCUAAUGUUAAAAUUAAAAUAUUUGCCAUGAGUUAUAUUUCACAAUUAGCUGUUAGUGCAGACCCAGGGACAAUUUUUCUUUCUGUUGUAAAUGAUAAAAAAGAUUAUGCUACUUUAGCAUUGAUAAAAAUGAUCGGGUGGACUACGUGUAAUAGUAACAUAAAACAAGGCCCUGAAUUAAGACGUGCAUCUCAGGAAGCUAUACUAGCUUUGUAUAGUUUAAAUGCAUCUCAAAUAAGAUUACGGUUAUCUCAGUUACCAGAAGAGUAUCAAGAGGUAUUUUCUAGACUCUUGAAAAUUAGAGAAAGAAGAAGUAGUUUUGAUCAAAUAACAACUUUAAAUAAUCAUAACAGUCAGGUACAAACAAAUCUUGCUUCACCGCCUUUACAACCUGAUACCAUUGAUAUUUUUAAUUCGGAAGAAAUACAUAAGUCAUCUAAAAAAUCUACUGAUAAAGUUCAAAAAUAUCGCUUAAAAUGUCAUUAUCCUGAGGAAUUAAAUAUUGAUUCAUAUGAAUCUAGAAUAAAUCAAUUAUAUAUACAUACUGAAACUAAUAAUCAUAAUUUAAAUAGUUUCAAUAAUAGCCUUACUACAGUAGAAGAAAUCAAAAAAAUUUUUGAUGAUUUAGAUAAAGGUACUCUGCAGCUUCAUUAUAAACAAUCAAUUUUGAUUCAUCUAAAAGAAUUAAUAAAAGAUGAUUAUUCUUGUGAACUUACAAGUCAUUUUAAAAAAAUUAUUAAAGUUAUUUUUAAUUUAUUAUUAGACAUUGAACCAAUUAUACGAGAACAUACAAUGAUUUUGGUUGUAUAUUUGGUUCAAAAAUCAGAAUUAGUUACCUAUUUUCACGAUUACACUGAGUUGAUUAUAAUGAAAGUAUUAAAUAUGUGCUGUGAUUCAUAUAAAUCUGUUGUUAAAGUUGCAGAAGAAUGUUUAAUUGCCUUGAGUGUAUCUUUACACACAGAAACAGUUGUGAAAAUAAUAACACCUUUAAUAUUGGCAAAAGAAUUUCCAGUAAAUUUGAUUUCAAUUAGAAUGAUGACAAAAAUAGUUGAUAAGUAUGGCAGUCCACCUGUAACUGAUCAAAUAAAAGACAUUAUGUCUGGUCUAUUGCAGAGCUAUGAUAAUCCUGAUAGUGCAGUCCGAAAGUCAGCUGUAUUCUGUAUGGUCUCAUUAUAUAAAGUAUUUGGUUCACAUGAAUUUAUACCUCUUAUAUCAAGUCUGAAUGGUGCAAAGCUCAAAUUGUUAAAUUUAUACAUUGAACGUGCUCAACAGUCCAUCAAGAUCAAUUAAUUUUAUUGUUUAUACUUGAUUAUUUUUUUUAACAAGAAAGUAAAAUCAAUAAAAGUUAUUUAAUUAUAUGUGAUAUUUAAGUCACCUUCAUUAUUUUUAUUCUAUUGACGUGAUCUAUACUUAAAAAUAUAAUAGUAGUAGUCAUAUUGAACUUUUUUAAACAGCCAUAUUUUUAUAUUUUAAUGUUGUGCAUUUUUUGUUUAAUAAUGAGUAAUAAUAUCUAUUUUACUAUAAUUGACUUUUUCUGACCAAUAAAUAAUGGGAAUAACUUUUAACCAAUCAUAUUUAAUAUUUAUGUUUGAUCGUAAAAUUUGGUAAUUAUUAGUUAGUAAUGAAUUGUUAUUAAUUUUAAUAUAACUAAUGACUAAUUAAGAUACUGUUGGAAACAUUUUGUUUUUAAAUAACAAGAGCCUAUUUAUGUAAUAUAAUUUAGAAUAUUUGAUUUAAAGUAAAAAAAAAAUUAUAUUUUUUUGUAUUAGUUAUUUAGUUAAUACUUUAUGUGUGGAUUUUUAGUUUAAACUAAGUAUGUUGAUGUUAUAUUAUUAAAUUAUGAAUUAGACUAAAAAUAAAUAUAAUGAAUGUGUAGUAAAACUGGUUGAUAAUGUUAAUGACAUUAAUUGUACAAUAGAUUAAAUUAUUUUUAGCUAUUACUAAAUAUGUGUUUUGUAUUAUUAUUAAGUUAUGAAUUAUACUAGAAAUAAACAUUAAACAUUCAGUUUUGAA